AUGUCUGAAAUUACUCUAGGUCGCUACUUGUUCGAAAGAUUGAAGCAAGUCGAUGUUAACACCAUCUUCGGUUUGCCAGGUGACUUCAACUUGCGUUUGCUUGAUGAAAUUUACGAAGUGUCCGGUAUGAGAUGGGCUGGUAACGCCAACGAGUUGAACGCUGCUUACGCUGCUGACGCUUACGCCCGUAUCAAGGGUAUGUCCUGUUUGAUCACCACCUUCGGUGUCGGUGAAUUGUCUGCUUUGAACGGUAUCGCCGGUUCUUACGCCGAACACGUUGGUGUCUUGCACGUUGUUGGUGUUCCAUCCAUCUCCGCUCAAGCCAAGCAAUUGUUGUUGCACCACACUCUAGGUAACGGUGACUUCACUGUUUUCCACAGAAUGUCCGCCAACAUCUCUGAGACCACCGCCAUGAUCACCGACUUGGCCACUGCUCCAGCUGAAAUUGACCGUUGCAUCCGUACUACCUACAUUCGUCAAAGACCAGUCUACUUGGGUUUGCCAGCCAACGUUGUCGACCAAAUGGUCCCAGCCAAGUUGCUAGACACUCCAAUUGACUUGGCCCUAAAGCCAAACGACCCUCACGCCGAGGAAGAAGUUGUCUCUACAGUGCUAGAGAUGAUCGCCGGCGCCAAGAACCCUGUCAUCUUGGCUGAUGCUUGUGCCUCCAGACACGACGUUAAGGCUGAGACUAAGAAGUUGAUUGACGUCACUCAAUUCCCAUCUUUUGUCACCCCAAUGGGUAAGGGAUCUAUCGACGAAAAGCACCCACGUUUCGGUGGUGUCUACGUCGGUACUUUGUCUUCUCCAGAAGUCAAGGAAGCUGUUGAAUCUGCUGACUUGGUCUUGUCUGUCGGUGCCCUAUUGUCCGACUUCAACACCGGUUCUUUCUCUUACUCUUACAAGACCAAAAACCUUGUUGAAUUCCACUCUGACCACAUCAAGAUUAGAAACGCUACUUUCCCAGGUGUUCAAAUGAAGUUCGUCUUGCAAAAGCUAUUGUCCACCGUUGCCAAUGUGUGCAAGGACUACAAGCCAGUUCCAGUCCCAGCUUUGCAAGCUCCAAACGUUGCGGUCGACCCAUCUACCCCAUUGAAGCAACAAUGGUUGUGGACUCAAGUCGGUGAAUUCUUGCAAGAAGGUGACGUUGUCAUCACCGAAACCGGUACUUCUGCUUUCGGUAUUAACCAAACUCACUUCCCUAACAACACUUACGGUAUUUCCCAAGUCUUGUGGGGUUCCAUUGGUUUCACCACCGGUGCCUGUUUGGGUGCUGCCUUCGCAGCCGAAGAAUUGGACAAGGCCAAGAGAGUUAUCUUGUUCAUCGGUGACGGUUCUUUGCAACUGACUGUUCAAGAAAUCUCCACUAUGAUCAGAUGGGGCCUAAAGCCAUACUUGUUUGUUCUAAACAACAACGGUUACACCAUUGAAAAGUUGAUUCACGGUGAAUUUGCUCAAUACAACGAAAUUCAAGGCUGGAAGCACUUGGAAUUGUUGCCAACCUUUGGUGCCACCGACUACGAAGCCGUCAGAGUUGCCACCACUGGUGAAUGGAACAAGUUGGCUGAAUGCCCAGAAUUCAACAAGAACUCCAAGAUCAGAAUGAUUGAAGUUAUGUUGCCUGUCAUGGACGCCCCAGAAUCUUUGGUCAAACAAGCUCAAUUGACCGCUGCUACCAACGCCAAGUCUGCUUAA